UCAGAAGUUGUCGGGCUGAUAAUCGUCGCAGUCCGAAUUCAGUUCUGCAGAGUGACCAGCGAUGAAGAGGUGAGGGUUAUCUUUUUGUGAAUUGGACAACAACCACUAUGGCGUCUUGUCAUCGCAUACCGCAGAGGAUGCUGAAGAAGACGCAGCUCCCUGCUCCUGCUCUUCCAUCCUGCACCUGCGCUCGCAACAGCCCAUCCUCGCGCACCUUCACCCUCUCAACCAGACUCGAUGUUCGACCUCCUCCAAUAGUCAAGUUACGAGCACAACGCACGCCACAGACUCCUCCAUUACCGUCCUCUUCGUCCUCCUCAUCCUCCUCAAAAGCCCAGCCCCUCGACGUCCUCGUCAACCAAAGGAAAUGGCCACUCUUCGGCGCCGGCAUAUUCGCACUCUGCGCAGGCCUCUAUCUCUCGUCUGUGCUCACCUCCUCCCUCAAAGACACCUCCGCGGCCCCAUCAUGCACCUGCACCUCUCCCUCCCCUGCCGCCCAACCACCACCCACCGGCCUCCCUUCCACCCUCGACCUCACCAACCCCACCACAGCCGCCACGACAGCCCAAGCCUUCGACAAGUCCCUCGCCGUGCCAGAAUGGCUGAUGGGCAUCACCAGCCUGCGACAAUCUCUCGCCUCGCGCGCGCGCGGCCACGUGCUAGAGGUCGCCGUCGGCACGGGCCGCAACCUGGCCUACUACGACUGGAGCGAGGUCGUCUCGCUGUCCCAGGACGAGGCCGAGGCGAGGGCGCAGCGGGAGCGGGAGCGGGUUCGGAAACUGCUCGAUCAGCAUCGGCUUGGUGGGCCGACGGUCAGGGAGCAGUUGGACCGGAGCGGCAGUCUGGAGGGGGAGGUGCUCAGUUUCACUGGGGUGGACGUCAGCGGGGAGAUGAUGGGUGUCGCGCGGGAUAGGAUACGGGAGACAGUGCCUGGGCUGCGCAGGAUCAUGAGGAAGAGGCGUUUGGAGCCGAUGCCUAGGUUGGGGGUGGAUCAGGUUGGAGAGGGGGGGAUGCCGGUGGUGGAGGCGCUGGAUGGAAGGGUGAGGUUGGUGAUUGGGGAUGCCGUUCGCGGGUUACCGCCGCCGCCGCCCUUGCCGGCGGCUGGUUCCUCAGACCCGCCGGCCAAGUACGACACCAUUAUCCAGACCUUUGGGCUGUGCAGCGUCGCCGACCCUGGGACGCUGCUCGCCAAUAUGGCCGCCAAGCUGCAGCCUGACACGGGGCGCAUCAUCCUGCUUGAACACGGCCGCGGGCAUUACAGCUGGCUGAACCGGAGGCUGGACAAGUCUGCGCCGAAACACUUUCAGAAGUACGGGUGCUGGUGGAACAGGGAUAUUGAGCAGAUUGUACAUGAAGCCACGGAGAAGGUUCCAGGCCUCGAGGUAGUAGAGGUGGAACGACCCUUGUGGUUCCAAUUCGGGACCACGCUGCUGAUCGAGUUGAGGGUCAAGACUCAGCAGAACAGAGAACAGGGUUGAACGGAGGUCUAAUCCAAGGCCAGCUCGUGCCAGGGGGUCAUGUAUUGGAGUGUAUAGUACCAUUAGGCCUUGACAUGGGAACUGCAAGCAAAGUAAUACGCCGAGAUGUAGGCGCCGCGAAACCGUCUUUGUGUGACGGUGGCCUCCAAGCCUAGAGGCGGACACAGAUUUGGUUGUAAAUAUCGAGGUGGUGUUGUGGUUUGGUUAAGAAAACUAGCUGCAAGGAAUUCGACUCGCAGGAGGAACUUCAGUUUCUUGAAAAAACAUUUCCUCGCUCUUUAUCGGGUGUAAACUAGAUGGUUUUGCAACA